AUGUCUCAAUCUCAGUCACAGGCCUACACCAUCUUCUGUGUCCUCUCUAAUCACCUAAAAACGCGAUUCUCUGUUGAAGUGGAAUCAUCAAUCACAGUAGACCGGUUUAAAGAGGAGAUUGUCGAGAAGAGGCCGGAUGUUUUGAAGCAUAUCGUCCCUGCCACCCUCACACUAUAUCGGGUAGAUAUUCCAGAGGAUAGAAAUUUUGAAGAAAAAGUGGGGAUCAAAAUGGAGGAGCUGCCUGACCCACUUUUGGUAUCAUCUUCUCUAUCGGAUCAAGACCUAUAUCCUACCGCCCCCCCCAAAAAAACGAUCCAUAUCCUCGUUGUACCUCCUAGUUCCGUUGACUCACCCCAAAACCAUCCAAGCGCCUUCCCGAUACUCAAUUUGUCCCCGGAUUUAGGAAAAACUGAGGACAUCGAUACUGUGCGAACCAAGAUUGAGCGGUUCCUGACUGAACUCCGGCCCAAGAUCAAACAGUUCCUCAACUCACCACAGGAAGCCUAUUGGAGUCCGCCGAAAAACACUAGCGAAGAGAUUCAGAGAUUCUAUGAGGUACUAGCGAUUCCGCUUGUCAACAAUGAGCCGAGUCUUCUUUUCCACAAGCUUCGCGAUACUCCCAAUCCCAAUAGAGAUAUACUAUUUAAAGGCAACAAUACGAUUUUAUGCAAUACAUCGGGGUCGGGCAAGACCCGGCUCUUGCUCGAGGGUCUAUGCCACGAGUGGGGCUUCUACUUUGUGGCAGCUCAAGGACCAGACAGAAUAGGAUCCCAAGAUCUUGGAGCUAUGAUCGAACAUAUGGCUAGCAGCCGAGGUUGGAUCCCAGACAUAUUCACAAACCCCAGUCAGGUAUCCACCGCAAAUUGGAACAACGAAGUAAUCGCCUUCGAUCGAAUUUCAAGAGUCUUAAUAGCCCGUUGGCAAAUAUUUCAUACCUUUAUAGAAGUGGCCAAAUCGUGUUAUGGUGAGAAAUUACCCGACACUAUCAAGCAUGCCUGGUUAUUAUUUCAGGCCCUCCCACCACUUUUCGAAAACAACAUGGAUCCCUUUCUUGCAUUCAUCGACAAGUGCUUAUCUGAUGCCGACCGGACAGUGCUUACUAAGCUGGACUCAGACACCUCGAGAACUGCCCCAGGCUCUGAUCACAAACAAUUCUUCUAUGUCUUAGAUGAGAUACAGGUCCUAGGUGGACAGCAUACAAAGAGCUUUUCGGAUGCUUCUGGGGAGCAUCCACGGCCGAAUAUAAUCACAUCAGGUGUCGGUAAAGAUAAGCCCUGGAUUGUGCAGCACACUACUGGCGACUUUAUCCUUCAAGAGGUCGCAUGUUCAAAUGGCUCAGGGGACGAAGAGUUACUCAAAGGAAACUGGAAUCAGCACGGCCCCUCUUCUCCUCAGAAAAUGCUCAAUGCAUAUGUCAAGGCACUAUCGAAUUUCGACCCAUUUGAUGCUACUGGCACCGUACUGGACACUGAACCUCCUGUUUCCCCCCUUAUGGGAAUCGCUAGUUUUGAAUGGGAAAAUAUCGAUACAG